AUGGGAGACCUGAGAAGAUGCCUGGACAGCGGGGAAUAUGGAGCACUGAAAGAUUGUUAUCUGUAUGAAAGCAAUUUUUUACAGGUUACCAAGGCAGGAGAUAUUGCCACCAGAGUUACUAUGGGCAUCGCUGCCAGUAGCCCACAUCUAGAGAUGCCUGAUCUUAUGCUGCUGGCACGGCCAGUUCCAUGCCUAACAGAACGGUGUGAAUGUCAGUGUCCUGAGGCACUGCCUUUCCCAGAUGAGGAGCUGCAGCUGUUUGCGCUUCUUCCCUUGAAGUUUGUCCGUCUCUAUAUUCAUGAUGAGUCACGGUUCCAGCUCAAAGUCCGCCUGGCUAAUGGCCGCACUUUUUAUCUGCAGCUUCUAACACACCCCCUCAAGCAGGAUGAGGUCUUUGGGCACUGGGUACGGCUACUAUACCGCUUGCGCUUUUACCGCUGUGAUGCCCCCCUUACUUAUGAAAAGGAGACUGCACUGCAUCAUCGUAAACAUAUUUAG